AUGCGAUUGAAUUCUGGAAAUCUGGGGAGAAAUGAGGAGGUUUUGGAGGCUGCAAAUUUUGCGCAGAUUUUUUUCGAGGAUUUUGAAGAGAAUGGAAGCAAAACUGCGAUUUUUUGCGCGGAUAAUGAUAUUGGAAGGCGGAAAAAUGAAUUUGUGAAGCGGGUCAAGCAAUUGUUUCCGGAGAAUAUUAUUGGAUGCAAGAAAUUGGGAAAUGUGGGUUUUUGCGGGGAAACAUUUGGAUUUUAGCUCUGAAAUUCAUAUCAUAAGUACAACCCUCGGCAACCAACCCUCGAAUGUUGUUUUGUACAACUCGUCACUUUGUACAACACUGCUCCAGAUUUACCCUCGUCAUUUCAAAAAUUGAUUUUUUCAUUUUUGAAAUGAUUUUUUUUCGGAAAAAAAAACUUCAUUUCUCUUUAUGUAGCUUGGGCUUAGUGAACGCCCAAGAAAAAUGUUUUUUUUUCAACAAAAUUCGAUGUUUCUCAGCACUUGCAGAUGUAGCUAAUUCAAAGCUCAACCGAUCCCAGCCCUUGACACUUGCGUUUCAUUUACGAACAGUAUGCGGUUUAGCUACAAACACACACCGAAGUCUUUUAGCUACGAAAACUGUUUUCCUGUUUACAGCGAAAUAUUGCUCAUGUGGGUUUCUUUCUGUAUUUGGCGUAGUUAGAAAACUUGCAAAUUAAAAACAUUUAUUUGUAUCGAAACAUACAAUAACAUAAGAAUAUGAAAUUAUAGUCAGUUAUUCACCAGAAACACUUAUUUUUCUCAGUGAAGCAGAUUGUCUCGGAAGUUGAUCAGGUUUGAUAUUAGCUCUCGUAACUUCCUUCUCGUUUCUGCGGCGUGGCAGAUGCUGGUAUGGUGGUCCGGCGCUCCACACGCUUCACAUCCUUGAUAGCGACACUGUUGGCAAUUGAUUCUGAGACAUCGGAAGCAUUUCGUGUCCUGUUGUUGUAGCUUUUCCUUUCUUGCCUCUGCUGUCUUGAUCUUUCCGCAGUAUGUUGCGAAGUGGGUAUUUCGCUGGCGGUUUAGCUUCCGGCGGAAUCACACCCCGUUGUCUCAAAUCGCUUUCUUCUGCCCGCAGUUUUUGUAUGAGCCUCUCUGUUUUUCUAAUUGUUGGACCUCCGUCUGCUUCCAGGUCUUCAAGUUUAUUUGUUCUCAGCAUUCGUUGGAUUUCCUCCGGAAUGGCCCUUCGGCAUUGCUUUGGCUUUGGUGGCCCCUCCACGGAUGAGGUUGUUUCUUUCGAUUGCCACACAUAAUUUGAUUCGGUUGUUAUCAAUAAUUAUAUAUUUCUUUUCAUGUAGGUUUCCAGUGCGGGUCGCUGCACCUAGUCUACAUCUUCGCCUAUUUUUUUCUUCAUUCAUUGGGACUCUUGAUUCUUUUCUAUUGGUGGUACUUGCGUGUAUCUUAUUCUUGUGUACCUGUGUACACUUAUUUUGCGGCGGAAGCCCUGAGUACCUCGGCACCCCGACCCGAUACCUCGUGAUGGCUUGUCUUUUCUAUUUUUGUGUGCUUUUUAUUCUUGUGGUACCUUAUUCUAUUUUUGAUGUUUCUUUUAUACCUAUCUUAUUUUUGUUCUAAUGUGCUCCUCAAGUUAUUUAGCACACCUUAUUCUCCUUCUUCUCAAAUGUCAUCUAAUUAUUAGUAUCUAUUAUUUAUUAUUUACUUAUUUAUUUAUUACCUAAUUAAUUGUAUUUUUCUUUUUCCCACUUAUGUUUUCUUUUCCCUUUUCCCCACGAGUAACGAACGUAAUACAAUACGGAUUCAUGAUAAUCAGAUUAAGACAACAGCAGAGAUAUUUUACAUUUAUAUGUAUCUAUAUGUAUAUGUAUCUGUACCUAUUUACGUACCUAUACAUAUCUACAUUCUUUUUCUUUCUUUCCUUUUUUUUGACUACCGUAUUCUUCUCCUUUCUCCCCUUUUCUUUUUUUUUCGAAAAUUAAUCGUUUUUUCUAAAUCUUUUGGGAGAAAGGACUUUCUAUUUUUUUUUCCAAAAAAAGUUCUUUCCUCCUUUUUUUUGAUAAAUGUUCGUUUUUGUUUUUGAACUAAAUCUCUGAGGCUUUUCUUUCGGUUCUUUUUUUUUUGACAUCAGAUAACAUUCAGCUCAGAAAAUUCUACAGUAACCUCAGUGAAUAUUUUCUAAUUGAUAGCCAGAUUCAUGAUCAGAGCAAUAAUACAUCCAGAUCAGCAUUAAUUUCAACGAGCACAGAGUUUAGAUCGGCGUCAAUGGAAUUCGGAAUCAAAUAAAAUUCAGAGUAGAUGGAUUCACAAUUCAGAGUAAAAUUUUGAGUAAAUUUUUUUUUAGAUCUUUUGAUAUCAGUAAUGUAGGGAGGGAGGGAUUGGGGAAAUAGAAGUAUAUGGAAUUGGUGAAAUACAUGCAUGUAUAUAUUCAGAUGUAGUGGGAUUUAUAAGAUAAUUUAUUUUAUAAGUAAGAACAUUUUUUUAAAAUUAGACUAUAGGGACUCAAACCUAAGUAGGGUCUCGGUGGAACCUCCAUGCGGGAUCGGAAUGAUCCUCUUCCUAACUUAGGCCCUAUCCCCGUGGUUAUCGUAUGAAAUGGUUAAGAGUGUGAUGACUAAAUAUGAAAAGGUUAAAUAAGCAAUGUUUAUGAUAAAGAAUAAAUAUAAAUACGAGACCUCUAUAUAAGCAAAAAACUGCCCAUCCGGGCUGCGCCUCCUCCUUAUAUAGGGGAUUAUCUAGUCGGCAGCGUUGGCGAAUGGCGGCGCCGGUGGGCGGAGCCUAGGGUGUCCCGAGGGCACCACACAACUGAGAUGUGUUCCUCUUUCUUCCUUCUUUUGUACAGCAGCUGGGUGGUGUCCUCUUUGGCUCUUUCCUUGAUUGAUCGUUGUAUUUUCGAGUCCUCCUUUUGCUCUUUUGGUAAAAUAUUGCCCUAUUGGGAUGGGCUUUGCUCGGAUUACCAGAAUUUAUUGCCUUCUUGGGGUUUUACUCUCUUUGCGGCAUCUAUGUUAGUUGGGCCCAAUUUUGGAGUGAGAAUUACUCCCAUUAAAUAUUUGUGAAAAUUUCAUUAAAAAAUUUGAAACAGUGGAGUUUUUCAGAAAAAAAAUGUUCAAAAAUUUUGAACUCAAAAAAAACCAUAUUUUCUUUCCAGAAAGACAUUGUUGUUCUGACAUCGAGAAGUGUUUUGAAUGUGUUGGAUCCCAAGGAUUUUUCGGUGAAAAAAUCGAUUCAAUGUGAUUAUUUCGCCACUUCGUGAGUUUUUUUUGUUUGACAAAAAAAUAGGAUAGUGUAGGUGAAGCUUGUUUGAAUUAACUGAUUUGUUUUUCGAAUUCGAAAAUUUUUGUUAUGAGUUUUUUGAAACAGUAGAUUUUUAAUAGUCUUCACACGAAAAAUUCUUAUGGAAAAUUUGAAACAAUGAUUGUUCUUAAUUACAUAUAUGACGGAACUUAAAUUCAAUAUUCUUAUACAUUUAUUAUUAAAAAUUUGAAACAGUGGAAAAAAGUUACAGAAAUAUUUUUUCAAAGAACAUUAUGAUUGAUUUGUUCUGAAUGUUGAAAUUGGAAUUCUGAAUAUAUAACCAAGAAAAAAAAUUCAAACAAAACUUUGUAUGGAAUUUUCGAAACAGUAGAUUUUUGAAUUUUGAAUCGGACUUGAAAUUCAAACAACAUAACUGGAAUUAUCAAAAAUUCUAUGAUUUUUUCUGAAACAGUGAAUUUUUGUGAUACCUUCAGAUCCUUAUCAAAUUUGUUUGAAUCACAAAAACUAAUAUGAAAAUUUUGAAACAGUGGAAUUUUUUCUAUGAAAAUAGUCCUUCUCAAAUUGACAAUUUUCAGCUGAAACAGUCAAUUUUUUGCAGCCUAUGCUCAUAUAUUUAUGGCGAUUCCCUGGAUUCCCUUCAAAUAUUUAUUGGAAGUGUCGAAGGAGAUUUGAUGGAAUGGAAAUUGAAAAAUGAAAAUAAGAAGCCGAUUCGAAGAAAAGGACACAAGGGAAUGAUUUUUGCGAUUUCUGCCGAUUCUCAAAAUAUUUUUACGAUUUCUGAUGAUCGAACUUUGAGAAUGUGGAAAAUUGAAGAGGAUUCGGGAUGCUUGUGGUGAGGAUUUGGUGAAAUUUUUGACAUUGCCACGUGGUUUUUUGGCCUUUUUCAUAUUUUUUCUCAAUGCUUGUAAAUUUGAAAUAGGAAUUUAUUUUUCUGUUGUUUUUUUUUUUAAUUCAAAAAACAAAAAAUGUUUUUUUUUAAAUUCUAGUUGAAAAUUUGUUGAAACAGUGAAAAAUUUUUAUCUCAAAAAAAUCUGGGAAAUUCUACGCUUCAAAAUAUAUUCACAAAUUUUCGAGAUCUGAAUUUAUUGAUCUCUACCUCAUUUUUUUUCAGCACAGUCUAUGGCCACACAGCUCGUCCAUUCUCAAUUUGUGUCGAUGAAGCGAAUCAAAUGAUUUUCACCGGCGGAAUUGAGCAAACCAUUUUUGUCUGGAAAUAUUCUGAAAAUUCAAUUGAAUUGGUCCGAAAAAUCGGAUUAUCGAUUGGAACAAUUCGAAGUAUUGUGCAAAUUGAGAAUUCGAAAUUGGUAAGGUUUUUUGAGAUCCUGACUUCAAAUUUCCAACCAAAUUUUUUGCAGCUAGUUGGAUCUUAUGAAGGCGCCUUGGUUACUGUAAAUAUUUCACCAAUCGAAAAAUCCUUCGAAAUUUGUAAAAAUGUGCAGAAUUUCGCAUAUUUAUCGGAGAAAUUGGUGAUUUUAGAUGAUACAAAUAAUUUGACAGUUUUCAAGAAUGAAAAAAUGGCCAAGAUUUUGUUUCGAGCUGAAAAUAUUCGAUAUUUGACUUCGGAUUCGAGUUCUAGCUCCAAUUCAGUUGCUGCUUGGAAUAAUGAGAAAUUUGUGAUUUUUAUGAAUGAGAUGAAUGUUUUGAGCUUGAAAAUGUCGUCAAAUGUUAUAUCGAUUAUUGUGUCGGGUUGCUAUUUUUUGGUCAAACUUGUUGAUGGAUUUGUGGUAGGGAUUUUUGGCGGGUUUAUAAAACAGUUAAUUUUUUUGGUAUACUUUAUCGUUGGUGGGAUCUAUUGUAACAUACAUUGAAAAUAAAUUUAUUGACUAUUUUUGAAACAGUGAAUUUUUUUCUUGGUUGCUCAAAAAUUCAUCCAAAAAAUUAUGACACAUUUUUGAAACAUGGAAAAUAUUGGAAUUAUAAAAAUUGCAUCAAUUAAGAAAGCAAUAUUCAAAAAUAAUUUUAUUUUUUCUAUGAUACUUUUGAAACAGUGAAUUAUUUAUGUUUGAACAUCCAACUGUUUUUGAGAUAAUUAUACAUAUUCAUUCCAUUAUUUUUCCGAAAAUAUUCAUUUUUCUUGUUUUUUUUUCGAAACAGGAAAUUUUAUUUCUUUGAAAGUUCAAGUGUUUUUAAAUUAUAUACGCACACAUAUGAUAUUAUUGAGGAAACUUGAGAAUGAGCAAAUUAUAUCUUUGAAACAGUGAAAAAUUAUGAAUUUAAAGGAAUUCAUUUGAAUCUGGUUUCAAACAAUAUUUCUAACAUUCAAUAUCGAAGUGAUAAUACAAUUUUGAAACAGUAAAAUUAUUCUCAACAAGUUGAUCCAAAAAAAAAACUUUCCAAUGCUCGAAAAAAAUAUAUUUCUAUAGACAUAUUUUUUUGAAACAGUUAAAUUUCAAUUCCACAUUUUUUGCAGCGUCUCUACUCCCUUUCCGAUUCUCAAAAUCUGAAAUAUCUGAAAAAAUUCAAACUGGCCAAACCUUCAAUGAUUCCAUCGAAAUUCAUAAUCAUCGAUGAUUUUUUGGUUUUUGGAACAACUCAUGGAGAAUUAUAUUAUAUUCAAAUUUCUACUUCAAGUUCUAGUCCGGAAAAUGUGAUAAAAAAUCGGAAAAUCGAGAAAUCCCUUUUUGGAGAUAAGGAAAUAUCGAAAAUUCAUAAAAUUGAGGACUUGGAUGAUGGGAUUUUUAUGGUAUUGGCGAAAAAUGGAACAUGGUCGACGUUUCAAAUCACAGAAAAUCGGGAGAUUUUAUUACUGAAUUCAAGAAGUUUCUCAGCAAAUAUGCGAAUAACUUGGCCUUGUGAAUUUCUGGAGAUUUAUGAUAGAAAUUAUAUUGUUGGAUUUCAUGGAACUUCCUUGGUUAUUUGGGAUACGAUAAAAGGAAUUUCAUGUUUUGAAAUUUAUUGUGGAGGUGGAAAUCGAGAAUGGAAAAUGAGAGAAAAUGAGACGAAUGAGGUGUUUUUUGAUUAUUUGAGUCAUGGAAUAUUGAGAAGACAGAAAAUUGAUUUGGAAAUGGUUGAGUAUUCGGCUGAUAUUCCACAUUCGUCGUCGAUUGUUUCGGGUUUGUGAAUUUGGGAGAUUUGAAUUUUUGAAUGGGGAAUUUUAGCAAAGACAAUAUAAUAACCAAAAUUUGACCAUUAUAUAUUCACAAUUUUCUGAAACAGUAAAAUUUUUGCAGAAAAAAAUUAUUUUUUCUGAAUUUUUUUUUCCAAGAAUAUAUUUACUGUUUCAAAAAUCUCUCAAAUUUUCUGGGUUUUUCCAAAUUUUCAUUAAAUAAAAUCUAGAUGAUAUAUCAAAAAAUUAAUGACGAAAUUUUCACCAUUUUAUAUUCACAAUUUUCUGAAACAGCGGAUUUUUUCAGAGAAACUUUUUUAAAAAAUUAUUUGUUCCAAAAAUUCACUGUUUUAUAACAGUAAAAUUUUUCUAUAUUCAAAUAACCAUAAAAAAAUCAGCCGGUGUAAAAAUUAUUUGGAUUUGACAGAAUUUUGAAACAGUGAAGUUUUGAGCGUUGAAUUAUUUUCCAAAUACAAAUAAACGGAGAAGAAUCAAAGCUUUACUACAUUUUUCAAUUAGAGGAUUUUUUGAAACAGUAAAAUUUAAUAAUGUUGAAAAUUUCAGGAAAAAUAAUUUAGAAAUAGACAAAACCAACCAAAUUUUGAAAAUUUUUCAUUCAAAAUUUUCUGAAACAGUGAACUUUUUUUUGGAAAACUAAAUUAUUUGUUACAAAAAAAUAAACUGUUUCAAAAAUGUGCCACGUGGCAAAAACGUUCAAAUUCUCUCAAAAAUCCCAUUUUCAGCAUCUGGAUCUCGAAAUUAUUUGGCAACUGUUUCUUUGGAUGGAAUUCUAUCGAUUUCCUCUAAAUUAUCUGGUGAUUCUUCGAAUUUCCAAAUCGAUUUUUCAAUGUUUGCCGGCGAGAAUUUGUUGUGUGUCGAUAUUUUCGAAUCGUCUGAAAAUCCGGCUGAAAUUUGGGUGAUAACUGGCGGCGGAAAAUCGACAUUUGGUAUUUGGAAAUUCUUGGGAACCAAUUUUGAGCGCAACAUUUUUUGGCAUCGAAAUUAUUGUGAGGAUUCGGAUGAGGGAAGAGUUGUGGCUGUGAAAUUUGUGGAGAAAAAUCGAGGAGAAUUUGGACAGGAAUUUGUUGUCUCUUUUUCAUCGGGAGCUAUUUUGUGAGUUUUUCAAUAACAGAAACGGAUCAGAAUUAGCUUGCAAAAAUUUUAUUGAUCGAUUUUUGAAACAGUAAUUUUUCACUGUUUCAAAAUUGAUAUUGAGAAAAAAUAAUAAUUUUUUAUUGUUGAACAAGUUUUUCAGAAUUAAAAAUAAAAAAAUCUACCAAAUUCAACAAAAUUGUGAAAACUUCAAUUUCUAAUUUUUCACUGUUUCAAAAAAACAUCAAAAUUACAAUCGAGAAAAAAAUUAACAUAAAUCCCAAAUUCUCAUGAUUUUGCCUAAAAAAUAUUGUCACUAUUUCAAAAUUUGUUCAAAUGAUGUAUGUUUUGUGAAAACUUUUCACUGUUUCAAAUUUUCUUCAAAAGAAUUCUGAAACUUUGACUAUUCAAUGCUGGUUUCAUACUAUUUCUUUCGAAAUUUUUCGGAAAAAUAUUCCCAAUUUUUGAUUUUUAAAUUGUUCACUGUUUCAAAAUGUUCUCUAAUUUCAACCCUCUCUUUGAAGUUCAAUUCCUCAAUGGUUUCCUGAAUGGAACAAAGCUUUACAGCACAUUUUCAAUCGAAAACAAUGAAAUAAUCGCGAAAAAUCGCAUCAGAUUGGAUGAAAAUGUUGGAAUUGGCGCUAAAAUUGAGAUUCGAAAAGGUCAAGGAGAAAAUUAUGAAAUUUUGGUUGGAACAAGUGGAAGUUAUUUGAUUUGUUAUCGAAUUGAUGGGAAAAAUGUGGAGAAAAUUUGGCAGAAGGUAGGGAAGUUUUGGGGUUGGAAAUAGGGUUCGGAGGCAUUUUUUUUGAAGAAAAUUCACUGUUUCAAGGUUUACUGAAAUUUACAUUGACUUCUUCAAUAUUCCGUAAUUUCCGAUUUUUUUCAUAACAUUUUUUUGAAACAGCGAACAUUUUGAACCUAAAAAAUGAAACAAAAAUUCUGAUGAAAACACACCUGACGAGAGAGUGUCCCAAAUUUUUUGUGCAGUGUGAAAAUUUUUUUCAAAAAAAAAAAUGUGCAGCGUGAAAUUUUUAAGUUUUUCGAAAAAAAAACUCCGCCGGCAGGAGGAUUCGAACCCUGGUCUCAUGCUCGCUAGUCUAAAAUGCUAACCUCUCGGCCACAUCUCUCUUUUCUCCCAAUGGGAAAAUGUUGGUGGAAAGGAAACUGUUUUUAAACGAAUGCGUUGCAACGUUGCUCAAAUUUUGUAGUUAGGAUAACUAAGCUUAGGCUUAACGGAUAUGGUUGAAUUUUUUAUGAUAGAUUGCUAUGGUCAUAGACAGUGUGGAACACCAUGAGUGCAGUGUGGAAAUGCCCUAUUUCGCUGUUAUUUUGGAGUGUCCAUUUCAAUGGUAAAUAUGGACAUUACAAAAAAUCGGACGGCAUUUUUUUCCGAGCACAUAUCAAGGGUUGGUAUAUUCAGAAAGUUGGUGUAUUUUUAAGCGUAGUUUUCGAAUUUACCCAUGUGCAGUGUGGAAUUUGAAGUUUUUCCAUAGAAAGUCAAUUUUUUCGAAAUUUCAGUGACACUAUGGUUUGCUAAGCAGUCACGUAAAUUCCACACUGCACAUUAUGUUACCACACUAAAACAAAGUCUGCUGAGUUGAUUUUCACCGAGAAACUUCGAAAAAAUUCGCAAGCUGAAGUUGUUUUUGAAGUUGAGCAAAAAUAAAAAAAGCUUUGGUUCGAAUGAAGAUUCGAACCUGGGCCUUCUGAACACUAGCAAAAUGGCCUACCACUGAACUAAAUGCGCAUUUAUUUCCUCAGGUUAAAUGUUGGUGAAAAGGAAACAAAGUUAUUUUUUGAAAAAAAUGCAGUGUGAUUUUUGAAAAUGUACAGUGUCCAUUUUGGACACGUCUCGUCAGGUGUGGAUGAAAAAUCUGAAAAUUUUAAAAAAUCUUUUAGAAUUAGAAUUUCUGCUUUUGUUCGAUUUACAAAUCUAAAUUUUUUUUUCCCAAUUUUAGAGCUCUUAAAAAUUCACUGUUUCAAAAUUUCCUCAAAAAUUCCUACAAAUAUUAUUUUCCAGCGUCUCGAUGAUCGAAGUGGUGUAACAGCCCUGUGCUUCUCUACAAAAUCUGAAAUUAUAAUUGGAUUCGAUUCUGGAAAUGUGAUAACCUCUCAAUCUUCCUCUCCAGAUUCAUUCCAAAUUCUUCACAAACAUCUCUCAACAGUUGUUGGAAUUGUUGAAAAAGAUUCGAAUAUUUAUUCAGUUUCACUGGAUUGUCAAAUCAAAAAUAAUGAGGGAAAAUGUGAAAAUACUCGAAUAAAUAUGCCAAAUGGAAUGACUAAAACUGAUAAUUGUAUUAUUGUUAUUGGAGAUGGUUUAGAAACUUUUUGA